GUGAGAGAGACUGUUCUCUCAUUACAAUACGGUACUUCUCUCUCCGCUGUCAGAAUCAGACAAAAAAACCCCCUCAAAAUCGAACACCUAGAACUCCACUGCCACCACCUCUAUCUCUCUCUUUCACAUCUGCAUAAACACAGAGCCGCUAGUUUAACCUGUUUUUCAAGCUAACCUAGAAGAAGAAGCGCUUUCGUUUUGUUGCUGGUCCCGGAGGAUGCUAACCCAGCAUACCCUUGCUAUGCAGUCUUCAAGUGCAUAUAUGACUGUCUGUUGACAUGGGACUGGCUUGACUUUAAUGAAUUUUGAUAGUUACGCUGCUGAUGACGGAAAAAGUAUCCAUUGACUGUCCAUAUCCGGGUUGCUUUUUCUGUGUCAUGAAGGAAGGAAAUCCGAGCAAGCGCAGAGCUAGUAUAUUGAAGUUCUUUAGAGAGCUUCCUUCACAGGACAAUGAUGGUCAAGUUCUCCCUAUCAGUGGCCUCUGGAACACUGCCAUGGCGCAUCCCAGUGACCCUGAGUUCAUUGAGUUGGGAAUAUUCGAAUGCAUGGCUGCACUAAUAUGGAAGGGUUUAAAGAAUCGUCGUUGGCUCUCACAUGACCAAAAUAUAUACAUACCUUAUUAUGCGGCCCAUAUCAUUGGAUCCUACACUAUGAAUAUGGAGGAAUUUGCGGAAAGUUCAGUGCAUGCUGGUGUAAUUCCUCCCCUAGUUGAACUUUUGAGAGGGAGGUUGACUUGGGUUGAACAGCGAGUGGCAGUGCGAGCUCUUGGACAUCUGGCUACAUAUCCCAACACUUUUCCUGCCGUGGCAAGUCACUUUGAGAUCCUUGAGCUUGCCAUUCAACUGGCAAUGAGUUCACUGGAAAUAGUUUAUUCACAUUUCUACCAGUAUGUUGACACAAGGCUUAGUUAUCACUGUGACCUGCUUACUCGUGGCACGGUUGGUGUAGAAAUGGAGUCCAGGAAAGCAGAGGAGUGGGCUAGUCAGCUGCAAUGCUGGUCCCUUCAGCUCGUUAAUUGUUUUGCCUUCAAGCCUGAAUAUCUUACUACUAUAUGCAAACCAGAAUUUUUAGUAAAACUACCAGGCAUGUGGGGUGGGCUGGUUAAUGAAAACUCCCCAGCUGGCAUAGGUUUGUUAAGAACAAUUUGUCAUCAUAAACUUGGUCGAGGACUUGUUGUUAGCUGUCCUGGUAUUAUUGAAGCAUUAUGUAACAUUGCUCGCUCAUCAGAUGAUUGGCAGUAUAUGGCCAUAGACUGCAUUCUUUGGCUAGUCCAGGAUCCAAUCACAUGUCACAAGGUAAUUGAAAAGGCAGUGCCUACACUUCUAGACCUCGCGGAGAUUACAACUCUAAGAGAUCAUAAGAAGCUAGGGGAUACAAUUGUUACUGCUCUUCAGGAAUGUAUCCAAUCACAAGGUACAGGACGUAACACUAUUAAUCACCAUACGAAGGAGCAGAUCGAGGAACUACUGAAUUCCAGACAAAGAUUGAAAUGGGAGAAGAGUAUGCCGAAAGAGGAUCUCCAUAUUAAACAGGCUGCAGCACUAGUGGUCAAGCUGGAAGGAAAUUCCUUAUUCUCGUCAGGAAAUAUAUCUGGAGCUGCCUCAAAGUACUCGGAAGCAUUAGCGUUGUGUCCAGUGAGAUUCAAGAAAGAGAGAGUUGUUCUCUAUAGUAACCGAGCUCAGUGUCAUCUUCUCUUACAGAAACCCUUGGCUGCUAUUAGUGAUGCUACACGUGCACUUUGUCUUCACAAUCCUGUUAACCGUCAUGCCAAAAGCCUUUGGAGGAGAGCUCAGGCCUAUGACAUGCUUGGAUUUGCCAAAGAGAGUUUAUUAGAUGCCAUUUUAUUCAUAAAUGAGUGUUCUCACUCGAAUGACCCUGAUCUCUCUUCGAGGCAAAAUAAGGUUCCUGGCUAUGCCGAGCGACUAGUCAAGAAGCAGAUGCGUGCAGCCUGGUUGUUUAGAGAGGCAGCUAUCAAGCAUGGUGGUGUCCAAUGUGAGGGAGAUGCCGGUGACAUGUAUGGCCAGGAGACUGAUUAUUCUGAGUGGGAGACAGCGAGUGAGAGUGAUAUAGGAGAUGAUGGAAGGGAUCAAAUGGGUGAUGAUGAUUAUGGUGAUGAUAGUGAAUGGAAUAAUGAAGACGAGAGGAAAGAAAGAUAUGACAAGCAUUCAAUCAAAGGUAAUAUUCGGCAUCUCAAUACCGGUUGAACUUUUAAUGUAGCUGAUGGACUUUGUGUCGUGCUUAUGUUAAAUAAAAUCAAGGCAAACAGAGACCUUGUAGAGAGUUUUUUUUCUUCCAAUCAUGCAAUGUGCCUAGCCAGGAAAUUUUCUUGAUUAUGAUUCAUGGAAUUCACAUAUAGCAUGGAUACAAUGUGCAGCUUGUGCAAGAUGAACCAUGAAUUCUGGCUGCGCAAAGAAUUGGUGAACUGCGGUCAUGCAGCGCCUAAAACUAAGGUGCUGUUGAUGUGGGUAUAUAUAGUUUUCCAGACGACGUGUUUAUCACCUCCUGCCACGCCUGAGCUUGAAACUGCUACUGUACUGUUUGGUCUCUUCAGAAGCGGGGUUGCUUUGUGUUUAGAGGUAGAAAUUGUUUUUCCAGAGUUUGUAUAUGCUUUCUUUGCCCAAUUGGUCAUGUGCGUUCCUAUUGAAGAGCGCAGAGAAAUUUUUGAGUAUGAAAAAAAAAAUUGUACUCAGAUAAUUGUGUAGCUUUUUGAGUGAUUUUGAGAGGAUUUUGUAUAGAGAGCACCUUACAAUUUUUUUUUUAUUUUUAAGUUUUGAACUAUUCUUCAUAAA